GCAUUGCUGAGCACUGCAUCUGUGUGGAAAACCAUGGAGGAGACAGAGAUGCAGGUGAUGAAGGAGAAGGGACACUGCCAUCCCAAACCCACAGCUACUGGUGACCUGCUGCAACUGGGAGGUGAGUGCCAACAUGCAUUAGCAGGGGGUUGGACUGGAUGAUCUCUAGAGGUCCCUUCCAACUUGAGCAUUGUGUGAUUCUGUGAAAUACCUGGGUCUGACCACCUCCUGUGGGUACGAGGAGCCCAUGCCUGUGUGAGCAUGGUGGGUGCUGCCACUGCGACAAUAGUGCUCCCAGCAUGGUGGUGAACUGGGAUGGAGCACCAGGCUGAGGUAGCCAAGCACUUCCCAAACUUGCAGUAGGUCAAGUGAUGUCCACUCUGUGGGCAUGCACAGACCUUCUUGGUGUCUAUAGAGGCAAAGGUAACCUUACAGCCCUCUGGCCUCUCCUCUUCUCCUUCUUUCCUUAAAUUCACAGCAAGGACCACAGCUCUAAUCAUGGUUUUAAGGGAAGGCAUGAAUAAGAGCUUUGUGUAGCUCCAAUCAUUUAUCUGUAGCUGAAUAUCUGCUAAGCAAGAAGGCUUAAACUUGAUUAUUUGAGGGGAAAAAAAAUCCCAGUAGAGCUAUUGGAAAAGAGGCUGUUCUUGCUUCAAAGCCGAGACAGGAGCUAGAAAUGUGUGUUCACUCAUUAGUCCUGAUGCAUCUUUCAUGGCUCGCUUUGGACAAAAUAAUUCUGUGCUUUUUGUUAAGUGGUGGGAGAAAGACAAGACUUCCCUUUACAGCUCAAGGGAGCUGAGGUGCCUAGUGCUCCUUUGAAAGUUUUCCAUACUGAAGUCCUCCUACUCAGGCUCCCUGAAGGCAGCUUGAGAGGAGCCUUUCUUUCCAGCAUAGGGCCAAGAUGGUUUCGUGCUGCCAUUCUCCUGGCACAUCUCAUCUCCCUUGGGAAAGAUGCUCUGGCAAUGGUGCUCUGCGUGACAAAUGCAGGCAGCAAGGGUAGGAGACAACCUGAGCUCUGAAAAAACGUCUGUGAUGGCUGUGGAGCUUGGAUCAGCAGGGACCAAGUGGGGAGGAAGGGAAAGGAGUGGAAGUGGCAGCUGGGGGGGUGGUUAAAGUUGCUCCCUACACUGUGGUGAGCUCCCUUUCAAGAGCCACUGUGUUGGGGGAAUUUCAGUUCUCUGGAAUCCUGUGUGAGCCUGACUUUGGCAUGGGGUAUCUGUUGGCUGUUGUGGACCUCUCUGUUUGUGGCACCAGACCUUGGGGUUUGCUGGUGUGCAGUGUGUGACACUGGUUUAACCCUUUCUCUCCAUAUUUCUGUUUUGCUGGUUCAGUCCUUCCCCUCCAGCUUCCACCUGCUUUUAGUCUCCUUUCCAUCUUCAGAUCUCUUCAGUAUCCACCUUUAUCAUAUACUUUCCCUGGCUUUGCUCAGACUUUUUUGAUGUGCAUCCCCUCCUCUUCCCUUCUCCCACCAUACACCCAGCAGAGAAUUUGUGAUGAAGAAAUGCAACUUCAGUCAACUUGUGGGGACAGGCAUCGAUCCUUACGUAUUCCAGCUGUGGACUGGCUGUGCAAUUUGCAGGUAAUUGGAAACAGCACACCCUUCUGCUCUAUGUGUAUUGCAUUGCCUCAGGAAGGGCAAACCCUCCUACCCUUGGGAUGCUACAAAUCAGCCUGACUAUGCUGAGGACUGACAUCCCCUGCUUAAACCACUUGGGAAAAGCCUGCUGCUACGAUGGAAGUGCUGUGAGGAUUGGAAGUCCUCGGGCAGCAGGAGGGAGCUGACGACUUGCUGCGCACUACAGCGUCUGUCCUGUCCCUCUUGCUCUCCUCACCCCCGUUCCCACCCGCCACCGGUUACUCAGCAGGCUCCACACGUCGGUGGAAACGAGCCUGUUUUUUCCUGUUAUCGAGGAAGCAGCUCUGACUGUGAUGGUGAAGGACAAGCUUGGGCCUCCCACACCCCCCUCCCCUAACAACACACACUAACUUACCUAAGCUGUUAUCUUCACGGGCGCUGCUAGAGCAGCUUUUGGUUGGCUGGAGACUGGAGCGAUGCUGGGUCCCCCUCCCAGCUCUCUCGCCUCCCACCCGAUAUAAAGCACAGCUCCUCGCCGCUUUUCCAGCCGACAGCACAUGACCGUGGGCGCAGGUGGUGCUGCAGCCACCUGUUGCACACCCCUGCCAUCGCUGCAAGGACCGGAUGAGUUGCUGGAUGCCUGGGUGUCCAGCUCUCAGCAUGUACCGGGAGUUAACCUCGCUCCCCAUCACUUGCCUGGAAAGAACCAAGGAUCUGAAGACCCGCUUAGGGAUCCUGCUUCAUAGACCAGGGCUGGGACACGGGACCUCCAGCAAGCUGCAGCUAGGCUCCAGGCAGAGAGACUCCUCACAAGAGGUACUGGAAUGGAGGGAGUCCUUUGACCAGCUCCUGAAGAGCAAAAGUGGGGUGAAUGCUUUCCACACCUUUUUGAAGACAGAGUUCAGCGAGGAGAACCUCGACUUCUGGCUGGCAUGUGAGGACUUCAAAAAGACCCGCUCAAAAACCAAGCUAGCCUCCAAAGCCAACAGGAUCUUUGAGGAGUUUGUCCAAAGUGAGGCACCCAGGGAGGUAAAUAUCGACCACGAAACCAGGGAGAUCACCCGCAAGAACCUGUCGGGUGCCACCUCCGCUUGCUUCAACGAAGCCCAGGCCAAGACCCGCACUUUGAUGGAGAAGGACUCCUACCCCCGCUUCCUGAAAUCUGCCUCCUACCAGGACAUGACCAAGCAGGCCACCAGCCGUGGCACCAGUAAGAGGUCGCAUACCUGACCCGAGCCCAAAACCACUGCGGGGGGAUGAGCCAGGGGACCAGGCGGAGGCUGGGACAUGGUUUGCAGAGUCUGAUGUCUGCACGGUGGGGUUUCAGCUGAAGCUCUGGAAUUUCAGCAGGAUCCCCAGGACCUCAAGUGCUUCCCGCUGCCCACUGAGCCAUCGGGAAGAGCAGUCCUCCCUCCCUGGAGGAAUGGAGCAUGUGGGAACCUGGUACCUCCCCUUGCAGCUCAGCUGGAGACCUGUACCUCUGCAGAGACUGAAAGAAAUUGGAUUUGAGUUGCGAGUCCUGGAAAACGAGAUCAGAUUCCCCUAAACAUCCACAACCAGAGAGCUCCCACCUGCUCUCAGGACCCUGCCUAUGACCUGCAGCAUCAGACACUGGCUGUGGGGCCAGCACAGGAGGCUGCCAUUCCCUCAUGCAGAGCUUUUCCUAUGAGGCAAUGGCCAGAAUGAAAGCCCAAAGACUACGUGGCAUUUGCAGCUGAACGGAUCCUGCAUCUGCCUUCUCCUGAAUAUAGACAUUGCAGGGAGGGGAGCAUCUGAGUGUAACUUGAAGAUGUUAACGCUCUGAAUAAAAACCCAAUCAAAGCA